UUCUCACCACGCGCGAUGCUUACCCACCCGCGCGUACCCACGCCUGUUGCCUCUGGCGUCCUCCACGUCCGCGAUCUCUCCUUCCUCCGCCCCCGCAAGGGCGACGGCGAGGCGGAUGGGAUGACCGAGGAACAGGAGGAGGAGAAGUACUUCGAGUGGCGGAGCUCCCUGGUCGAGAAGCUCGAAGGCAUCGAGCUCAACCUGGAGGGAGUCAAGUUCAGGAUGACAGUCGAGAUCCCGCCGUCCGAUGACUUCAAGGUGAUGAAGAAGUCGUGGGAGGAUUUCUACUCCUCCGAGCUACUCAAUAGCAGGAACCCGGUGAGGAAGAUAGCGAAAAGGCCGGACACAAUUGUUGUCUGUGGUGUGCAGUCCAGGUGGUUUGCGGAUACAAGAGUAUCAUCCAAGCCAUCUACACUGGUCACGCACACAAUUUUCUCAGCACCAGAUCAUAGGUUUUUACAUUGGACUUUUGGAAGAGUGGACAGAAAGCAGGGUCUCCCUUCAGGUGUUGAUUUUAGUAAUAUUUACAUUCUGAGUUCGGGCCCAUCCUAAGCUUUGAUCAAGUGGUUCAGGAGGCGGAGAAGCGUGGGUUCAGCUGCCCAGCUUGCCCGCGAACAUGGUCGAGAUGGCCAAUAGCGUUGGGAUUCAGAAGUUGCUGCUGCUCAGAUACCUGGAACUGCAGGCGUCAGCCUGGCCCCUAGGUCCUGCCAUUAGGCCCUGCACACUUCUCCGGAACAGGAUGCUGAUUGAUCCUGACAGAGGUAGGUUCAGCUAUUUGUUUUCACCAGUAUUGUGCAUUGAUAUUGAUGAUUGUUUGUCUGUAUGGUUUUGUUCAUGUGUCCCGUGGGAUAUGUCAGAUAGUUAUCUGUUAUCAAUACG